AUGCUAAAAGAUCUUGUACUUGUCAUUACUCUUAGAGAUUGGAUUCGUUUAACAGUUAUAAAAUCUGUUCAUAGUUCUGGACAAAAUCAUGUUAGUCGUGGCUCGACCUUGCUUGUAAUUUCGUAA